AUGUUGCCCCUUCUAUCUCUUUCUCUCUGGUGUGUGCGUGUCUGUCUCUGUCUCUCUCUCUCUCUCUGGUGUGUGCGUGUCUGUCCCUCUCUCUAUCUCUCUCUCUCUCUCUCUGGUGUGUGCGUGUCUGUCCACUCUCUCUCUCUCUCUCUCUCUCUCUCUCUGGUGUGCGUGUCUGUCCACUCUCUCUCUCUCUCUCUCUCUCUCUCUCUCUCUCUGGUGUGUGCGUGUCUGUCCCUCUCUCUCUCUCUCUCUCUCUCUCUCUCUCUCUCUCUGGUGUGUGCGUGUCUGUCCACUCUCUCUCUCUCUCUCUCUCUCUCUCUCUCUCUCUCUCUCUCUGGUGUGUGCGUGUCUGUCCACUCUCUCUAUCUCUCUCUCUCUCUCUCUCUCUCUCUGGUGUGUGCGUGUCUGUCCACUCUCUCUAUCUCUCUCUCUCUCUCUCUCUCUCUCUCUCUCUCUGGUGUGUGCGUGUCUGUCCACUCUCUCUAUCUCUCUCUCUCUCUCUCUCUCUCUCUGGUGUGUGUGCGUGUCUGUCCCUCUCUCUCUCUCUCUCUCUCUCUCUCUCUCUCUGGUGUGUGCGUGUCUGUCCACUCUCUCUCUCUCUCUCUCUCUCUCUCUCUCUCUGGUGUGUGCGUGUCUGUCCACUCUCUCUCUCUCUCUCUCUCUGGUGUGUGCGUGUCUGUCCACUCUCUCUAUCUCUCUCUCUCUGGUGUGUGCGUGUCUGUCCACUCUCUCUCUCUCUCUCUCUGGUGUGUGCGUGUCUGUCCUCUCUCUCUCUCUCUCUCUCUCUGGUGUGUGCGUGUCUGUCCACUCUCUCUCUCUCUCUCUGGUGUGUGCGUGUCUGUCCUCUCUCUCUCUCUCUCUGGUGUGUGUGUGUCUGUCCUCUCUCUCUCUCUCUCUCUCUGGUCUGUGCGUGUCUGUCCACUCUCUCUCUCUCUCUCUGGUGUGUGCGUGUCUGUCCACUCUCUCUCUCUCUCUCUCUGGUGUGUGCGUGUCUGUCCACUCUCUCUCUCUCUCUCUCUCUCUGGUGUGUGCGUGUCUGUCCUCUCUCUCUCUCUCUCUCUCUCUCUGGUGUGUGCGUGUCUGUCCCUCUCUCUCUCUCUCUCUCUGGUGUGUGCGUGUCUGUCCACUCUCUCUCUCUCUCUCUCUGGUGUGUGCGUAUGUGUCCACUCUCUCUCUCUCUCUCUCUGGUGUGUGCGUAUGUGUCCACUCUCUCUCUCAUGCGUGUGUGCGUAUGUGUCCACUCUCUCUCUCAUGCGUGUGUGCGUGUGUGUCCUCUCUCUCUCAUGCGUGUGUGCGUAUGUGUCCUCUCUCUCUCAUGCGUGUGUGCGUAUGUGUCCACUCUCUCUCAUGCGUGUGUGCGUAUGUGUCCACUCUCUCUCUCAUGCGUGUGUGCGUAUGUGUCCACUCUCUCUCUCAUGCGUGUGUGCGUAUGUGUCCACUCUCUCUCUCAUGCGUGUGUGUGUAUGUGUCCACUCUCUCUCUCAUGCGUGUGUGCGUGUGUCCCUCUCUCUCUCAUGCGUGUGUGCGUAUGUGUCCCUCUCUCUCUCUCAUGCGUGUGUGCGUAUGUGUCCACUCUCUCUCUCAUGCGUGUGUGCGUAUGUGUCCCUCUCUCUCUCAUGCGUGUGUGCGUAUGUGUCCACUCUCUCUCUCAUGCGUGUGUGCGUAUGUGUCCACUCUCUCUCUCAUGCGUGUGUGCGUAUGUGUCCCUCUCUCUCUCAUGCGUGUGUGCGUAUGUGUCCACUCUCUCUCUCAUGCGUGUGUGCGUAUGUGUCCACUCUCUCUCUCAUGCGUGUGUGCGUAUGUGUCCACUCUCUCUCUCAUGCGUGUGUGCGUAUGUGUCCACUCUCUCUCUCAUGCGUGUGUGCGUAUGUGUCCACUCUCUCUCUCAUGCGUGUGUGCGUAUGUGUCCACCCUUCUUUUUUCUCGUUUGUCCCCUCUUCCCCCGCUCCUUCUUAUUGA